AAGAGACAGAGGGAAGAAGCCGGAGGAAAGAAGACUUUCAGCGCGGCGUUGCCGGGAGGAGCGGGGGUGCGGGGGGUGUGCGCGCGCGGUGCGCGGUGCGCGGUGCGGUGCGCGGCUGCCGGCGCUGCCUCCCGCGGGUGCGCGGCGCGGUGGCCGGCGCGGGGCGCGGAGCGGGGCGCGGAGCGGCGGCGGGUGCCGACCAUGGGCUGGCGGCUGCUGCCCGCCGUCGUGCUGGCCCUGGCGCUGGGCAGCCCCGCGGCGAGGGCGCAGAACGACACGGAGCCCAUCGUCCUGGAGGGGAAGUGCCUGGUGGUCUGCGACUCCAACCCGGCCACCGACGCCAAGGGCUCGUCCUCCUCCCCGCUGGGCAUCUCCGUGCGGGCGGCCAACUCCAAGGUCGCCUUCUCGGCGGUCAGGAGCACCAACCACGAGCCCUCCGAGAUGAGCAACAAGACGCGCAUCAUCUACUUCGACCAGAUCCUAGUAAAUGUGGGCAAUUUUUUCACGUUGGAGUCUGUCUUUGUAGCACCAAGAAAAGGAAUUUACAGUUUCAGUUUUCACGUAAUUAAAGUCUAUCAGAGUCAAACAAUUCAGGUUAAUUUGAUGCUAAAUGGAAAGCCAGUCAUUUCGGCUUUUGCUGGGGACAAGGACGUCACACGUGAGGCUGCCACCAAUGGAGUCCUGCUCUAUCUAGACAAGGAGGAUAAGGUUUACCUGAAAUUGGAGAAAGGUGUGGACUCAUCAUUGCCUCUGUUACGUGAAGAUCAUUUUAUCAUCAUGGGAUUGAUGUUUCUUUAUUGCUUUUUCAUGGGUGAAUAUGGAUUCUCUUUAUGGAUUUUGGCCCCAUCUGAACUACUCAGAAGUUCCGCAGAAUUUUGUGUGUUUCAAUACAAUAUAUUUGGAUUGAGACUAAAGCAGACAAUAAAUAUCUAUGCUUAAUGUUACAGUCUAAAGCUGCCUGCAAGAUUUAUUCAGAUUUCAUUUACUGGACUUACUGGAUUCAUGGGAGAAGCGGAUUUUCUUUAAUUAUGGAAAGACUGGCAACCAGGUCUAUAAUUUAGGAGAGUUUGAGUUCAGACUACAAUCAAGAGUUAGUGUGUUGCUGCCAAAGAACUGUAUAUUGAUAUAUUGGUCAUACAUGUUUUUGUCAUUGGGACUUAACUGACAUGAUCUAUUCCAUUGUCUUGAGAAAGGUAAUUAUUAUUGAUAAGUGGUUGACUUUAAUUCUCCUCUGCGUGUACUGUGUUGGAUGGUUCACCCAUAUAUUUAUGCUCUCUCACCGGUCACCAUCAAGUCUAGCCUACAUAAAGCUAAGAGGUUAUGGCUGUAUUUUAGCUGGAUAUGUAAGGUAUUCCUCUUUUCCACGUGCUGUCCUCUAAAAAGAAGAGCAGAUUAUAACCAUUAAGAAAAAUAUUCUUACCAGGGUUAAAGGUGGUCAUUCAGGCACAACUUUGCAGAACAGCUUUGCCCUGCAGGAAAUCUCGCACUUGUUCUUCAAUUUUAAUUACCAUGAUUGAUAAUAACUGCUUUAUUAAAAACCUGAGGGAUUCCUUCCUUAGACACAACCACUUUAUUAGCUGGAGAUGAGAUCAUCCCCUUGUUUGUAAUUAUGUCUAUUUUUCAAACCUUCUGUUGUGUUAAAGUUAUCAUCUGGUUUUGCCUUAACUCCACAACUGUACAUAAUUUUAGAUCACAUGUUCAACAAAUAUUAAAUCCAAAUAGCCGGUACCUAACUUGGUGCAAUAUCUUUUCGGCUUUUUGUACAGGUCAUAUGAAUUCAUAAACUUAUUUAUUAUAUCAUUGUUACAUAAUAAAGAUUAAUAUAUGUUAGCUGAA